UGCAAAACCUUGGCUGCCGGGAGAGGGACAGAACAGCGAAGAGGGAUCACGCAACUGAGCAAAGCAAGUCUCUCUGGAAUCACUGACAUAAAUAGUUAUCACAAAAGCUCAAACUCAGUGAAACACGGGGCACUGGAUUAAUUGUCAAUUGACAUUACUGAACUGGAAAUGCUCUUGCGAGUGGAAAAUUGAUGACAUGCAUUUAUUUAGAAUAUGACAACUAAAUGAAAACCAUGCAUGGCAUAUGCAGAAAGAUUGCCUCGUAUAACACAUGGACUGGUUUACAACUGUUCAGCUUGUUAGACCUGACGUUCUAUUGAUCCAGAUUGGUUCUUGGCAUGCCUUCCCAUUGAACUUUUCCGCUUAAAAUAGGCGAAAUACUUGAGGUAGUGUAAUGAAGCAUGAUUACGUUUUGCCUCUUGCAUAUUGAUCAGCAUAGCGACUCAUGGGAUGUAGUAUAUGGAGGACUAGGCUCAACUUUGGACAACUGAAGGUGCAGUCCAAAGUGUCGGUAUUUUUUACCAUGAUUAUUAUUUUCACUUAUUUAUUUUACUGUCUUACUGGAUAUUGCGACUCCCUUCCGAGACCAGUGUACGACCAUAAAACUUUAACAAACACAAACAAAUACGAUGCACUGGACACCGUGCAUAACGGAUUCGGGUCUUUGGCGCCUUUACCUCAGCACCAACUUGGCGCACAGGGCCACUGGAACAGAACCUCGGCAGCCCCAGAACUUCCUGACUUGAGUGAGCUACACUCCAUCCUGCAACAGAUUGGACAAGUACAUCAACAGAUAUCGAACGGCGAAAGGGCGAAAACAGAAGAUGUCGACAACAGCAUCUCUGUGUUCAACAACUUCGGGACCAAAAAAUUCCCACAGGCUAUCAUCAUAGGCGUGAAGAAAGGGGGUACGAGAGCGCUACUCGAGUUUCUUCGUAUUCACCCUGACGUGAGAGCCGUCGGCGCUGAACCGCACUUCUUCGAUAGGUUUUAUGACAAGGGACUCGAGUGGUACAGAAACCUGAUGCCUCGUACAUUGGAUGGCCAGAUCACCAUGGAGAAGACGCCCAGCUACUUUGUGACCAAGGAGGCUCCACACCGUGUGUUCGCCAUGAGCCGUCACACCAAACUCAUUGUGGUGGUUCGGGACCCUGUGACUAGGGCCGUGUCCGACUACACCCAGACCCUGUCCAAAAACCCAGGGUUGCCCUCCUUCCAGAACCUGGUCUUCAAGAACUCAAGCAGGGGGCUCAUAGACACCUCCUGGAGUGCUGUUCGCAUCGGGAUCUACGCCAAGCACCUGGAGAACUGGCUGCAGUACUUCCCCCUCUCGGGCCUCCUGUUUGUCAGUGGGGAACGGCUGGUCACCGACCCGGCGGGAGAGAUGGGCCGAGUGCAGGACUUCCUGGGCCUGAAGCGCGUCGUCACCGACAAGCACUUCUACUUCAAUCAGACUAAGGGCUUUCCCUGCCUCAAGAAGCCGGAGGGCAGCAGCCGCCCACGCUGCCUGGGGAAAUCUAAGGGCCGCGCCCACCCCCACAUCCCGCCUGAAGUGCUGCUUCGGCUCAGGGACUUCUACAGACCUUUCAACCUUAAGUUCUACCAAAUGACUGGCCACAACUUUGGCUGGGACUGAGCACAUAGGCCUGGUGUUCUGAAAAGUUGUUGAGGGGCCAAUGGAAUUUCUUUUCUGUUCUUAUUUGAUUUUUAGAGGAUUUGACUACGCUGCGCAAAAUGACAUUAGGAUUAAAGAGUACAUAUUGUACACAUGUGGUUGGUGAUGGCAAAAUAAUUCCAUCUUCCUGACAUUUUGUUCUGAAAGGCAUACAUUAUAUGAAUGUGUUUGCAUUCUUUUCAACUUUUUUCUUUCAAAUUAUACAUUUGUUUCAUUUUGAAUCAAAACUUAUUUUGGCUUGUUCUGUAGCGAUCCUCCAGUAUUGCGCAUGUUAGGCAUUAAUAAGCCUGUCUGUACUAAACAAGAUAACAGUAUCUUAAGGGAAGCAUUAUCAAUUUCUUUAAAAAGGUCAUGAGUGAAAAGCACAAAGAUUUGUAAUCUUGGGUCAAAUAUUUCACAAGUGGUACUCACUGUGACCUUUGACAUCGUGAGCUUAAAAUACUUGAGCACUUGUGUUAUGAAACAGAUAAGCCAUGGUUGAUGUUAAUAGCUUAAAGGCAGAUAAUCUCAUGUCCAUUUUAAAAGGACGGCAUCCUUAUCUUCCAUCUAUUUCAGAAACUUGCAUACCUGCAUUUUUUAUUUAUACUGGCUUUUGGGGUAGUAAAUAGGUGCAUCUGAGCAUUCUGUUUUGUACUUUUGAUUGGUGGCAACAUUCAAAUCUCUGAUGUGACAAUGCUGGUUGUGGUUGAGUUGAGUUUCUCCCCUUCGUUAUUUUUUUAAAUGGCAUUCAGAAUGAAAAAAAUUCUUUGCACAGUUUGUUCUCCUUGUACAAAAUUAAAUGGAUUGUUUUUAUUACACAGGGACUUUCUUUUUAACUAUUUUACUCACAGUCAUCUAUAUGCGUGCAUCAUUAUCAUUCUUAGCUACUUCAGUGUAGCUCUUCAGGAUCAGAAUUAAGAAAGCACAGAUAGAAUACAUUCCCUUUUUUGAGUCUCAUAAACCAGAAAGAUUAAUAGAAACACUCUGGCUACUUUUCAUAUACCAGAUAAGAAGCACUUACAGUAAGACUACAGCCACUUGUAAUUAAAGCGAUUUCUGUGUGCAUUGGUUGUGUGAAGGCUACAAACAGACAUAAACUGCCACAUGCUCUACUUGACUGCCAUGAAUCUGCCAUCGCUGUAGAUCAGGGGUUUUCAGUAUUUUCUGAUCCCAGGUCCCCCACCCACGCCCCAGAGUCAUCCAGGGGACCCCAUUAUAAGUUAAAAAGGGCUAUAUUUAAAUAAAAAAAGGUUUUAUAUUUUAAAAUAUUUCCCCAAAUCUAUAUAUAGUCAUUGCAUAUGAAGUCUGGCCAGAGACCCUACAGGACUUUAAAGGACACCCAGGGGUCUGCAGACCCCCUGUUAAAAACCCUGGGUCUAGAUUAUAAUAUUGAACCAUAUAUUCAGAAUGGGGGUUCUUUCAUGAGGGUUUUACUUCUGGCAUGUUUUGUGUUGUCAAUGCAUUCAUUAUAUACUAAGAUUACUGUUUAAUAAACUACCACCAGGCCCACCAGGUAACACAGUUAAUGCUGAUAUAGUAUACUGUCGAACAGGGGUGCACAACUCUGGUCCUGGGGGGGCAGUCAGUUUUAGUUUUCUGACAGCUCUCCAGACUACGCUGGUUCACUCCUGUACUUGAGCACAGUAAAGACUUUACGAUACACUUGCAGCUGUGGCUGUAGCUGGUGCUACAUACAAAUGUCAAACCAAGAUAUGAUUGAGCUAACUAAGAAAUUAUGAACAAAAGUUGGCACAAAAUCCUCAACUGAAUUUGCCUUUGUUGUGCACCACUGCUGUAGAAUUGCAUUACAUGAAAACCCUCUUUUCAUCCCUUUGUCCAAAAAACCUCUAUCAGCUACUUUAUGUAAAAGUGAGAAACAUGAUUUAUUUAUUUAUUUUUGUUUAGUAUAAAAGUCUUUAGGUAUUAAAAUAAUAUUUAAGAAGUGUUGCAACAGUGGCUUGAGAGACAUUUUAUAAAGAAAACCCUUCCUUCUUUAUAGAUGUUGCUGUUGCUUUAUUUAAAAUCCUAUUCAUUUGCAUUUCGCACAUUUCAUUGUUUAUGUACAUUUAUGAACAGUUAUCAGUUGCUGGUUUUCUCUGAUUUCCUUUAGGUUUUUCUUACUGUAAAAUUCAUUGGGAUGAAUGCUGGAUUUCUGCUGGAGUUUGCCUUACUCUCUUGGUACAAUGUAACUCUAUAAAAAACAUAAGGUAUAUGCAAUACUCACUGUAAAUCACCACAUGUAAUUUAUACUGUAAAUGUCAUGAUAUUGGGGAUUAUGGUCUUAUAUACUGGACAUAUGGCAAAAGUUUAUUUAAUACUUAUUUUUUCUAAUACAAAACUAAUACUAUUCUUUCUCUGUACAAAAAUGUAUUGCUAAUUUAAAUAUUAAACAAUGCUGUUCUCUUAGGUGGGAUGUUA